CAGUAAGCGAGCUUUUUAAGCAGCUCAAGGAUGUCUCUCUUAUGAAAACUGUCUUGUUUCCCAUCGUCAAUUAAAUUAAACACCGGAUCGAAAUGGCCAGGAAAAAGAAUCGCAGCACCAGCUCAGAAUCGGCAAGCUCAACCAGCGGGUGACACUGAUCAGUCCUCUGCCGUUUCCACCAGAAGCCGUGCCCGUUCCCGUGCUGCUUCCACUGACCGGGACUCCCCCCAGAAGCCUUCUAUCCCUACACAGGCUCCCAAAGGGGGGAAGGAACCCCCUCCUGCCAAACCCCCACAGACCCGUCCCCACACCAGGUAGCCUGUGGGUUGCACCU